CUGCUACCUACAUUUUUUUCAACGAAAUGAUUUAAAAAUGGCGGAUGAUAUCUUAUUUGAUUUACUACAUAUGGAAAUGAUUGUUUCAGUUUUUCAACCAGAUUCAAAUGAUUGCAAGAAAUCUACUAUGUCUAAGCUUGAGCAGAUUGGUUUCUACACUGGCUAUCGUCUAGUAGAAAGGUUGACCAAAGACUGGCCUAGGUUUAAGGAUGAAUUGGACACAAUGAAGUUCAUCUGUAAGGAGCUUUGGUUAUGGAUGUACAAAAAACAGAUUGAUAAUUUAAGGACCAACCAUCAGGGAGUUUAUGUUCUUCAAGACAACAGUUUCAGAUUUCUUACUCAACUUUCCCAAUCCAAACAGUAUGUUGAAUCAACGUGUAAGUAUUUAGCUUUCUCAUGUGGAGUUAUACGUGGAGCAUUGUCAAACUUGGAUAUUAAGUGUGUUGUCACUGCUGAAGUUUCCUCUCCUCCAGCUUGUAAAUUUCAAGUUCAGGUUCAAAGAAUAUAAGUGAAAGAUGACGUGUAGAAAAAGGACUAUUUUUUAUGGUUCAGAUUAGUUAACUUAUGUUCCAGGUUUUCAUGUAAAAGUAAAUAUAGUUUUAAUACCACAUCUAAUUUUUUGUUAUAAAACUGCUCUACCCCUCUCACAUGUCAUUUAGCUAUUUAGCACAUCAGCUAUAAAAAUGAACAAAUCACUAUUUAUACAGCUAAGCCAAAUGUAAAUAUUUCAAACUACAGUUAAAAUAAAUGACACAUUUUAUCAUAAAUAAAAGGUUGAAAUUGUUGUUGUCAGCCCCCCCCCCUCAAACUUCUGCAAGACUUUUUAGAAUGAUAAACCUUGGUGAGCGAAUCUUGUGAUUAAAAGUUUAAGUGCUUAAACAAAACAGAGUUAGUAAAGGUUGUAAUGUAUACUUUUUACUGAUUUAUUUGUUAUAGUUUGCAAAUUAAAUGACGUCUUUCUUAA